GAUACCCUAGCGCCCAUUCAAGAGGCACUCCGUUACAAGGAGGUCCUUUUCUCCAGCGGCUUCGGUAACGAACGAACAAAAUAUAUGGGCAACUCUACGGCCGCAGACAAAGCCUGGUACGAACUCUACCCUAGAACGGUACUGCGUAUCCCAAAGGCUUCGGCAGACCAGCUGGUAAAUAAGACGAUCCCCAUUGCAGGUAGCGAGGACCAAUUCCCCGUUCUCAUCAGCGUUUUCCAUGAGCUUCAUUGUCUAGAUUCCAUCCGCCAUCUCUAUUAUGGUCACGUUGAGAGGUUCAGUGAGGACCCAGUGAUCAACAAAGCAAUCCUCGCGCCCGGUCAUAUUGACCAUUGUUUUGACUCACUGCGACAGACCAUUAUGUGUAAUGCUGACAUCUCGCCCAUCCCUUAUCAAUGGGUGGAGUCUAGGGGGAAGGCCUUGGGUUCUCUGGGUGUACUGCACACCUGUAGAGAUUAUGAUGCACUUUUAGAGUGGGCAAUGCAACCAGAACAUGAUAUUGGUGACUGGGAUGAGACCGUUAAGCCCAGUACCAUUCCUUGA